GGCGUUCAGAAACAGAACGGAAACCUGUCACACCAAGAGAAAGAGAGAAAGAGUGCUAGAGAGAGGGCCCUGGCAUUGCAAGGGUUAAAAGAUGGCACCAUGGAGCAGGUCAAAGGAGCAGAAAUAUGGAGUGGCAACUUACAAUUUCAAUGGGACAGGGGAAAUACAUCUGUCCCUUCAGAUUGGGGACACCGUCCACAUCCAGGAGACCUGUGAGGGUUGGUUCAAAGGGUACUUGACAAAAAACAAAUCACGUGAGGGUGUGUUUCCAGCUGCCUUUGUCCAUGUGAAGGAGGUGAUUGUUGAGAUGAAAGGGGAACAGGAGUGUGUGACCUCAGCAGACAUGCCCCUGGUUAAGGAGGUGACAACUACCCUCAGGGAGUGGGGCAGCAUAUGGAAACACUUGUAUGUGACCAACAAGCAGGACAAGUGGCGGCAGGUGCAACGCAUGAUGUGGGAACUGAUGGAGUGGCGCUCCCAGCUGCUGUCUGGGACAUUGCCCAAGGAUGAGUACAAGGAGCUCAAGCAAAAGGUCACCUCCAAGAUCGACUAUGGGAACAACAUUCUGGAGCUGGACCUGGUGGUUCGAGACGAGAAUGGGAACAUUCUAGAUCCAGAAGACACCAGCGUGAUCAGCCUGUUCCGAGCUCAUGAGGAGGCAACCAUUAAAAUCUCUGAACGAAUUAAAGAGGAGAUGUCGAAUGUGCAGACAGACCACUCGGGUAUCUCGGCCAGGAUCCAGUCCUCCCCCACUCACAGCCUCUACGUCUUCCUCAGGAACUUUGUGUGCCGGAUCGGCGAGGAUGCUGAGCUUUUUAUGUCCCUAUAUGACCCUCACAAACAGGCCAUUAUCAGCGAGAACUACCUGGUGCGCUGGGGCAGCCAGGGAUUCCCCAAAGAGAUCGACAUGCUCAACAAUCUGAAGGUCGUCUUUACAGAUCUGGGGAAUAAAGACCUGAAUCGCGAGAAGAUCUACCUUAUCUGCCAGAUUGUGAGGGUGGGCAGGAUGGAACUGAAGGAUACUAACCUGAAGAAGUGCACCAUGGGAUUGAGGAGACCAUUCGGAGUGGCAGUGAUGGACAUUAGUGACAUUAUCAAGGGGAAGCUGGAAAGCGAUGAGGAAAAGCAAUACUUCAUUCCCUUUCAUCCGGUUGUUAAUGAAAACGACUUUCUCCACUCGCUGCUCAACAAGGUGACUGCAUCUCGAGGAGACAGUGGGGGGCAAGGCCUGUGGGUCACCAUGAAGCCGUUGGUGGGUGACAUAGUGCAGAUCCGCAAGGACUACCCUCACCUGGUGGACCGCACUACGGUGGUGGCACGCAAACUGGGCUUCCCUGAGAUCAUCAUGCCAGGGGACGUCAGGAAUGACAUCUACAUCAACCUGCAGAGCGGGGACUUCGACAAGUACAACAAGACCAGCCAGAAGAACGUGGAGGUCAUCAUGUGUGUCUGUGACGAGGAGGGAAAAGUGGUCCCGCAAGCCAUCUGCCUCGGUGCUGGAGACCGUCCGGUGAACGAAUACAAGUCUGUCAUUUAUUACCAGGUGAAGCAACCACGCUGGAUGGAGACUAUCAAGGUGGUGAUACCCAUUGAGGAGAUGCAUCAGAUACACCUGCGCUUUAUGUUUAGGCACCGAUCGUCCCAUGAGUCUAAAGACAAAAGUGAGAAGAAUUUCGCCAUGGCCUUCAUCAAGCUGAUGAAAGACGACGGGACUGUUUUCAAAGAUGGUUGCCACGAUCUCGUCAUUUUCAAGGGAGACAGUAAGAAGAUGGAAGACGUCGCCUCCUACCUGUCUCUGCCCUCCACGCGGCAGCAGGUUGAUCAACAUAAGGGGACAGGUCUGAGUCGAAGCAGCAGCAGUGUGGGCAGCUUGUCCUUCAGCUCCAGAGAUGUCUUCAUCAUCUCCACCCUUGUGUGCUCCACCAAGCUCACUCAGAACGUGGGACUACUGGGAUUGCUGAAGUGGCGCACACGACCUGAGAUGCUGAAGGAUAACCUGCAGCAACUCAAGUUGGUUGAUGGGGAAGAGGUGGUCAAGUUCCUUCAGGACACUCUAGAUGCCCUUUUCAACAUCAUGAUGGAGUACUCCCAGACUGACGAAUAUGUAUUGGUAUUUGAUGCCUUGAUCUACAUUGUUGGACUGAUUGCUGACAGGAAGUUCCAGCACUUCAACACUGUCCUGGAGGCGUACAUCAAGCAGCACUUCAGUGCUACACUGGCAUACAAGAAGCUGAUGCUGGUGCUGAAGAACUAUCUGGACACUUCGAGCCGCGGUGAGCAGUGUGAGAAUAUCCUGCGCACAUUGAAAGCACUGGAGUAUGUCUUCAAGUUCAUCGUGCGAUCCCGCAUGCUCUACUCACAGCUGUAUGAAGGGAAGGAGCAGAUAGAAUUUGAGGAAUCUCUCCGGCGUCUCUUCGAAUCCAUCAACAAUCUAAUGAACAGCAAGCACAAGACAACCAUCCUACAGCAGGUGGCUGCACUGAAGUAUCUGCCUGCAGUUCUCCAUGACGUAGAGACUGUUUUCGAUGCCAAGCUGCUCAGCCAGCUGCUGUAUGAGUUCUAUAUCUGCAUCCCACCGGACAAGCUGCAGAAGCAGAAGGUACAGUCCAUGACUGAGAUUGUCAGCAGCCGGCUCUUCAAGAAACAAGAGUGUCGCGAUGUGCUGUUACCCAUGAUGCUGCAGGAGCUACAUGUGCUUCUGGAUAAGCAUGGGGACGUCUCUGCUGAGUACUGCGUGAUGUUGCUCAACAAUGUGCUGGAGGUGCUGAGCUGCAAAGACGUGGGACAUACACACCACCAUAUUCAAGAGAUUGUGAUGCAGCUGCUGCGGACGGUCAACAAGACUGUGAUUAUUAUGGGCAGAGACCAUAAUCUUAUCAGCCGAUUUGUGGCGUGCAUGACAGCCAUCCUGAGCCAGAUGGAUGACCAGCACUAUUCCUUCUACAUCGAGACCUUCCAACGCAGUUCUGAUCUCAUGUAUUUCCUGAUGGAGACCUUCCUUCUGUUUAAGGAUCUCAUUGGGAAGCAUGUGUACCCCCCUGACUGGAUGACAAUGAUCAUGCUACAGAACAAAGUGUUCCUGAGAGCCAUCAACACCUUCGCAAAAACUAUGAACCAGAAAUUCCUGGAAAACAUGAACUUCGAGGUGCAGCUCUGGAACAACUAUUUCCAUCUGGCUGUGGCCUUCAUUACCCAGGAUUCCUUGCAGCUGCAGAACUUCUCAUCCACCAAGCGUAACAAGAUCCAGGCCAAGUAUGGGGACAUGAGGAGGCUGAUUGGGUUUGCAAUCCGUGACAUGUGGUACCAGCUGGGCCAGCACAAGAUCUGCUUCAUCCCUGGGAUGGUGGGUCCGAUCCUGGAGAUGACUCUCAUUCCUGAGGUGGAGCUGCGCAAGGCCACCAUCCCCAUCUUCUUUGAUAUGAUGAAGUGUGAGCACGACAAGUCUGGGGGCUUCAAGAAGUUUGAGAACGAGAUUAUCCUGAAGCUGGAUCACGAGGUGGAGGGAGGCGGUGGAGACGAGGAGUACAUGCAGCUCUUCCAGUCCAUUCUGCUGGAGUGUGCCAUGAAGUCACCCCCCCUGGCCAGCCUGGUGCAGCAGUUUGUUGUUCUGGUGAAGGGGCUGCUGGAGAGACUGCUGGACUACCGAGCGGUGAUGAGUGACGAGAGCAGAAACAAUCGCAUGAGCUGUACUGUCAACCUGCUGAAUUUUUACAAGGACAUUAACCGGGAAGGCAUGUACAUCAGGUACCUGUAUAAGCUGCGGGACCUACACCUGGACUGUGAGAACUACACUGAGGCUGCCUAUGCAUUGCAGCUGCACACACGCCUGCUCAAGUGGUCAGAUGACCAGUGCUUGCCCCAAAUGAUGCCCAGUGAUUUCCGCAGCUCUCAGACCCAGCGGCAGCUCAAAGAGACCCUGUACAGCACCAUCAUCGGAUAUCUGGACAAGGGCAAGAUGUGGGAAGAUGCAAUCUCUCUGUGCAAGGAGCUGGCAGAACAAUAUGAGAUGGAAAUCUUCGACUACGAGCUUCUCAGUCAGAACCUGCAACAGCAAGCCAAGUUCUAUGAGAACAUCAUGAAGAUUCUGCGGCCAAAGCCAGAUUACUUUGCAGUAGGCUACUAUGGACAGGGCUUCCCCUCGUUCCUCAGGAACAAGGUGUUUAUCCACCGUGGGAAGGAGUACGAGCGGCGAGAGGAUUUCCAGACUCAGCUCAUGAGCCAAUUCCCUAGCGCUAUGAGACUCAACACCACCAGCACCCCCGGUGAUGACAUUCGAAACUCCCAGAUGCAGUAUAUCCAGUGCUUCACAGUCCAGCCCAUCCUUGAGAUGCAGCCCCGCCUCAAGAACAAACCUGUCCCAGACCAAAUCAUCAACUUCUACAAGUCGAACUACGUGCAGCGUUUUCACUACUCGCGUCCCGUGCGCAAGGGAUCAGUGGACCCUGACAACGAGUUCACAUCCAUGUGGAUUGAACGGACCACUUUCUCCACAGCCUACAAACUGCCUGGGAUCCUGCGGUGGUUCGAGGUUACCACCAUGUCACAAACAACCAUUAGCCCGCUGGAGAAUGCCAUUGAAACCAUGGAAACCACCAACGAGAAGAUCCUGACUAUGAUCAACCAAUAUCAAGGCGAUGAGAACCUUCCCAUCAACCCCCUCUCCAUGCUGCUGAAUGGCAUUGUGGAUCCUGCCGUCAUGGGCGGCUUUGCCAAGUAUGAGAAGGCCUUCUUCACAGAUGAGUACAUGCGGGAGCAUCCUGAGGACCGUGAUAAACUCAACAGACUCAAGGACCUCAUUGCCUGGCAGAUCCCUCUUUUGGGGGCGGGGAUUCGUCUGCACGGGAAGAGAGUGAUGGGAGAUCUCCAACCUUUCCACGACCGCAUGGAGGAGUGCUUCAAACAGCUGAAACCCAAAGUGGAGAAACAGUACGGAGUGAGAGAGCUGCCGGAGCUAGAUGACCGCAGAGCUAGUCGCCCACGCUCAAUGCUGAGGUCCUACCGUCAAUCCAUAAUCUCAAUGUCCUCAAUGGGGUCUGAGUGCGGGACACCCACCAAGCUAUUCCCUGACAGUGUUGUCUCCCCAGAGACCCCAGUGCUUCAUUGCGCCCCCUUCAGGUUGGAGGAGACAGUAGCCGAGGUAGCAGACUCAGCGGAGGUGGUGGUCAAGCUGAGAAAGUCAAAAAAGAGGAAGAAGAGGAGCAGUGUGAUCUUCAUCGGGGAAGAGAAGAGAGCAGCUGAGCUGGAGAGCAAGCGGAUGUCAAAGAAACAGGAGUUCCGGAGCGACACAAACCUGUCGGAGCAAAGCGAGCCCCUGGGGUCAAGGGCUCUGCUCAAACAAAGCUUGAACAGCCGCUCCAUGCCCACCAUAGCAGGGGUCGCAUUCUCUAUCAUGAAUGGUUCUGAUCUGGAGGACCCGGAGCUAUCCCAGCAUGCCAAGCGAGACAGCAAGUCCAUGUCGGUGAGCAUCCCUAUGGAGCGCCCCCCUACUGAACGUGCUCCAGACCGCAAGUCUAAGGGCAUGAUGAACCUCUUCUUCAAAAGCAAGUUGGCAAAUAAAGCCCCUGAAGAUGGGAAACAGUCAACUGAACAAAGCCCAGACCCCACCUCCACACAGUUCUGAGACCCAACUGUCCCUUUGCAUUAUCCACUCUCCCCUUCCUCUGUUUACAGCUCAAUGCUCAGUGCUCUACUCCCAUCGCCCCUCUCCCCUUGCCCCCUCUCUGGUCAGAACCCCCACCUAGUGGGGUGAUGCAGCUUUUCAACAAGACUGAGUGUGUGCUAGAGCCAGGAGACACCAGGCCUUGCACAAUGCAGAGAAGAAGAUCCAUUCUCUUCAGUAUCUGCCUUGAAGAUUCUAAUCUUAAUUCCUGUUUGUCCAGAGAUUAAUUCUGUCUUUUUUUAUAUUCAUUUUUUAAUCUUUUUUUGAUAACAAGGAUAUUGUUUUGUUUUGUUUUAAUGUUUUGACUGCAUUAUUUUUUUAUAAUUUCAUGUUGUUUCUUUUUUUACUGAAAUGAAAGACUGUUAAAAAGAAAGGUAUUGCUAUCUAAGUGGCUAAUAAAUGGAAUGUCUUACUA